UCUAAGGCACCCGCACUUUCCUCGUCUGCACGUUCUCUUUCCGCCAGGAUUGUUCUAGAGCCUUCUGUUAAUUUGCGUUGGAACUCGAGCUCUCCCAUGCUUCGGCCUAAAAGUUCUUUAUCUAUCACAAAUUCUUAAUAAACACACAUUUUGCUAAUUCCUCGAAAGCUCUUGCAUUGCUGCAAGCGGGCUGCAGGCCAAUGUUUUACUGCUCAAACCAACAGUCAGUACAGAAAUUAAGCUGGCAAACACGUAAUAAACUUGAACAUCCUAAAGUUUUAAACUUGUUGUUGUUGUGUUGUCUAAGUUGAAACUUGACUACGACUACAACUUGCGAGUCAACUCAAAUAUGAACUCACCCAUAAAAACUAACCUACAUGGGUUUCGGCUGUGUGCGAGUAGCUUGUGUGAAUGUGGCGAGAGUGAUGAGGAUGCGCACAACGUUCUGUGGGAAAGCAGUUUGUACGAGGAUCUCCGGAGCAAGAUGCUGAAUGGGAUGGUGCAUGCGGAGGCGGGUCCGGUGUACUACCGGGACCUGGUCUCUUCGGAGGUGAACUUUCGAGGACUGCGGGAGCUCGCGCACGCGUGGCACAAGCGAAGGAGCUGCUCGGAAGUGCAGCGGCGAGGAAGUACCGAACGGGCGCCCUCCCGCGUUUCGGCCCAUAUAACCGCGAGGUUGGUGGGGCCAUGGGUGGUUGGCGGGUUGUACCCCCUUUAUGAUUAAUCUGGCGCUCUUGUGCCGAGCGUAUGACCAAAGAUACGUCCGGACGCAAUCCGUCCAGUCGCCCACGCAAAACGAUGCCACGGGCCGGACGGCCGCAGCAACGGUGAGGAAGAAAAUUACAAUAUUUAUGAUAAGUUCUAUACUUUUCUUCAUACAUGGCAUCCAAUUAUUUUUUAAGAAACAUGUUAUCCAUUGCCGCGUAAUUAUUAUAAUGUUAUCCAUACUAUUAUCCCCAGCACUUACCCAGUGAUAGGAGGACAUCACAAUAACUACAGACAUUAAUAUGUAUGUAUAGUACUGUACCUGUUUCCCAACGUCUCCACCUACUCAAUAACCAAGGCAAGAAAUCAAGCACGGCAACCUUUGCAAGAAUUGAACCUCAAUUUGUUUUCUGAAACUAAUUAUCGUAUCAAUUAAACUAACUAUGAAUCAUGACUACGCUAAUGUAAAAAAAUAAUCUGUACAUGAUACUCAACUUCACAAAAACUAACUGCAGGAGCAGACGCGCGCGCUGCGGCGUCGAAGCAAAAUUGCUAUUCAGACAGUGAGCUGCGACCCCGCGCCCCAGAGACAGUAAUAUUCCACGCAUGCUCGCGGCCGCACGUUAUCGAUUAAGUCUAGUAUCUUCCAUAAGUUGUCGUGCAUAAUAUCUUGUAAUAAGUAUUUCGUUGUAUCCGCGUAUAUAAUGAAUUAUAAAAUUGGUGGAUAGUGAAUCUGGAAUUUUAUUUAACCAACCGUCACGCCACCACACCAUGUGGCCGAUGGACGCACGAGAUGAAUUAUGGAACCAAAAAAAUGAAACUCAUUACAUAGAACUAAAAAUUUAUAACUGCAACGAAAUCGAAAAUACCCAUCCCCACCAAUAGACAGCGCCAGGCCAUUACUGUGAGACAGACUGGUCCGAAAUCUAGCUCGAUUUUUCCGAAUUUAUACCAGCUGUCAGGGCCUUCAUUCACAGAGAGGUUCAUUAAUAAAUAAAAUACAUGUAUAAGAAUUAGACAGUUACAUAACAUUAAAAUCAAAGUUGCAGUUUAGUGGCAGGUCAUGAAGCUCGCACACUCCCAAUAAAUAAUAAUUAAUAACUUCGGGAGUUGUAGUGCUGCGCGUGUGAUUUUUUGUGCAGUGUCUCAUAGUGUCGUGAUUCACCAGGAUUAUCGUUUGCAGCUUCACCUGCAACGAACUUUGAACGCUUAUAUUACCGCAGCCCAACGUGCAGGAGGAAGCCACUAACACCAGCUAGGAGCCCGGAAGGAGACCAAGCGAUAAGUGAAAUCCGCUCGGAGAUCGGACGCCUGGAUCACCAGAAAAGCUUGGAAAUGCCGCCGAAGAAACCAGCAAGUGCCCGGAAGCUGACCUAUCCCAAUGAUUCGGAAGCCGCAAGUGCAGAGCCCACGCCCAGUACUUCAGGUCUAAGUUUGCCACCUAGCUCGGAGCCAGGGACAUCAAAACGCUUGGCGGAUGACCUUAAGCGUGCGCGGGCAGGGCGCACGCUCUACAAAAAGGCAGUCGCCAAGUUGUCCCUGGAGGAGCGCACAAGGUUGUCUAAUAUGAAAGACCUGAAGGAAGUGGGGCACUUCAGGCUACCCGACGCUCCGGAGUCAAAGAAGGGAAAAGGAAAAGGGAAGGGGAAGGGGAAGGGCAAGGGUAUAGCGGACACAAAGCCAUGGUUGCCCUGCCCGCUGUUACCUGGCGUGCCGCUUACCCCACCUGCCAAACUUCCCCAACCAUGGGAAUGUGUUCAUCAUGAAACGGCCGAGGCCGACAACCAAGAAUUCAUUGAGGGCACGCCUCCAUCCAUCCAUAUGUCACCCAUAAAGCCGGAUUUGUUAGGCAUCCCGAAAGAUCAAGAUCCAGAGUCACCUCAACCUCACCCACCUCGUCCAGAAUCUGGAACGCCGCCUCAACCAAAGAAAAGAAAGUUACUCUUCACACCGUCCACAGGGAUAAUUCCGGCAUUGGAGGCGCCUGUUAACCCUGUGGCGGUGGAGAUAGAAUUCGUGGGAUUUACACCUGAGUCUACCACUUCGGCAAUGCCAGGUUCCGGAAGAAGUGCCGCAUCAUACGAGAUGGGAGUCGACAGUGAUGUCGAUGAGGAAAUUGACGUCAACGUUGGAAGCGACAUUGACGAAGACAUUCAGUGCGGCAGCGGAACGUGUUCGAAUUCCCGACGGACGGCCUUGCGGAAGCGGUACACCAGCUUGACGUUGAGAACGACGUUCGUCUUCGGACUCUGACGGAGUCCGAACACCUUAUCAACUUUGAUUGGCGGAGCAAUCCAGAUAACUUCGAAGAGUUUAUCGGGCCUUCUGGCCCAACAUUUGAUAUCUCUGGGCUAACUCCUUUGGAGAUAUUUGAGAAAAUUUGGGAUACCAAUAUUAUUGCUCUCAUUGUCCGCGAAACCAACAGGUAUGGACGCCAAUUGCAGCUUAACAAUGCCUCAAAACCCAGCUCCAGAUUAAGUCGGUGGAAAGACACCUCAGAAGACGAGAUCUGGACGUUUUUUGGUAUUAUUAUGCUGCAAUCGCUCGUUGUGGUCAAUUGUGAGCGAGAAUACUGGUAUCCCAAAUUGGAAGAGCUAAGAGUUGGGAAUUUCGGGGAGCUCAUGGGCUACAACCGCUUCUUGCUUCUAAAAAGAUAUCUGCACUUUGAAGACAACACCUCCUUGCCCGCACAUACCAACAAACUCCACAAAGUCAUGCCGGUGAUUGAACAUCUCAAUCAAAAAUUUAGCUCUUUAUACCUACCUGAGCAAAAUGUGGCAAUUGACGAGUCGCUCCUUUUAUAAGCAUUUUUUUUAAUAUUAGCCAUUUUAAUCAUGACUAACAUUCCCCUUUCCCCUCCAACUAAGCGUAAAGCUUGUGCUAGGAGUGGGUACGACAAUAGUGCAACGGCUGGGGUUUGAACCGCCGACCUUUCGGAAUUCAGUCCACUCCUAUAACCGUUGAGCUAUUGAGGCAUAUAAUGGAUAAUAGAUAGACGGGGGACACUGAGAAUUACGCGUGUGCUUCUAAAAUUAUCCCUACCUUCAUAUGCUCUUCCUAGUUUCUCAUAAAUGUAUGGUGGCUUACCAUUUUUUGAACACAUCAAAGAGUAAGGUUGCAAGAUGCACCUUUCUCCUCGAUCUCAUCUUUAAUAAGCCAUGCUCAUUCAAAAAUAAUGUCACAUGAGUUCUAGGGGGUUACUAAAACAAAAACGGGCACACGCAU